CCUCAUAGCGUGGUUUUUUGCGCACGUCCUACAACUCCCGCCGCGCAUCUAGGUUCCCAUUCUCUAUUUCUGACCAAUCACAGACCUUCCCUGAGUCGCCCAGGCUGAGCGGUGAUGGCGGCUGCUCGCUUCCCAUUGGUCGAGACAGCAGAAUGUAAACACUUCUACCUUGCCGGCGCCAAAACUCGUGUUUCUCGGUAUAGUGCUCCUUAUAUACUGAAGCAUUUCACCCAAUACAAUGUCGAUCAAUAAGAAAUUGUUCUACGGUGAGUCCUCCAAGGCUACCUCGAAAUUUGUCUGUGUUUGGGAUGAUACUGACUCAGAUCAAGACUCAGAUGACAUGGAUUUCCUGGAUAGUGAGGAUGAAUUCUUGCCACCAGAUGCAGAGGUGUCAACAGAUGGGGAGGAGGAAGCUGCGCCACCACCAAAAAAAAAAAAAUUGAACAAGAGGAAGAAACGUAUUACUAUGGAGGAAUACCCUGAUGAAGAAGUGCUUCAAGAUGAUCUUGCUUCUCAAGUAGACACCAAAUGGAAGAAUGAGUAAAUCUGUGCAUAAAGAAGGAUAAAAAUUGUUUCAUGAACUUUCAUUCGCAAAAUUAGUGAUGUGAAAUGAUUGUUCUUUCUCAGGGAACUCAGGAAUAUUUCAUUUGUAAGUUGCAUCCCAUUGCAAUGUGUCAUUGUUGAU